GUAACCUACGUGUAAUGCUGACUAUGUAUACACUACAGUACUAAGUAAAUAACUGAAUUGAAUUUAUAAGUAAAGUUAUGUACAAAAUUACAACGAUAAGGAAAGGAUAACAGUAACCUUGCCAUUGUAUUAAAAACAACAAAAGAAAACUUAUAGGCCCAAGAUUACUGUGAAAUCUUAUCUUAGUAGUGAGUCAACUCAUGAACUCAUAAGAAUGGAAAACUUUCAAAAGAUAGAAAAAAUUGGAGAAGGAACUUAUGGUGUAGUGUAUAAAGCCAGAGAUAAAGAGACUGGAAAGUUGGUAGCAUUAAAGAAGAUACGUUUGGAAACGGAAUCUGAAGGAGUGCCAAGUACAGCCAUUAGGGAAAUAGCCUUGUUGAAAGAACUUGAUCAUAAUAAUGUAGUGAGACUUCUGGAUGUUAUUCAUAGUGAAAAAAAACUCUAUCUGGUCUUUGAAUAUUUAAAUCAGGAUCUGAAGAAGUUAAUGGACAGUGCACCAACUUCAGGGUUGCCUCUGCCUUUAGUGAAGAGCUACUUAUGGCAGUUGCUUCAAGGAAUUGCCUACUGUCACUCACAUAGAGUACUUCAUAGAGAUUUGAAGCCACAAAACCUUCUGAUUGAUAAAGAAGGAAAUAUCAAGCUUGCAGAUUUUGGAUUGGCAAGGGCCUUUGGUGUGCCUCUUAGAUCAUAUACUCAUGAAGUUGUCACUUUAUGGUAUCGUGCCCCAGAGAUCCUAUUAGGAGCAAAGUUUUAUUCUACUCCAGUUGAUGUUUGGAGCAUGGGCUGUAUAUUUGCAGAAAUGUUGACUCGAAGAGCAUUAUUUCCUGGAGAUUCUGAAAUUGAUCAGCUUUUCCGAGUCUUUCGAACUCUGGGAACACCUGAUGAAGACACGUGGCCAGGAGUGACUAAACUCCCUGACUAUAAGUCAUCUUUUCCGAAAUGGAAAGCACAGGACAUGAAUAAACUGGUACCUAACUUGGAUUUGGAUGGACAGGAUCUGCUUCUGAAAAUGUUAAAAUAUGAACCAAAUCACAGAAUAUCGGCAAAGAGCGCUCUGAGUCAUCGGUAUUUUCGUGAUGUGACAGUCCAGCCACCACCUUUGUAACUGUUAAACCAAUUUAUCACAUAUUGCACAAAACCAGUAUCUUUAUUAUAUGGGACCAAUAUGUAUAGCUUUGUUAUUUUAUGUUAAUAAUUGGGUUAUUUUCUGUUUUUUUAUAUGAAAAACUAUAUUUUAAAAUACAAUUGUAGUUUUUACUGAAUAAAUCUUCAUUACUUCACA